AUGGCUAACCAACACGAUCUAAUGCCAUUCGCUAUCCUUCUCAUCGCUGCGUUAUCGGUGCGCGAACCAUUGGUGCCUGUUUCAUCUAUUCGCGGUGAGACUGAUGAGGAGACGAAAGAGAAAAUGACUGAGGUCUUGAAACUGAGAAGAGGAUGGUGCGGAAAGGGUCCAGGCCGCCGGCUAGGUGAUCUUCUUGUGCUCAUGAGAGCUGUAAACUGUAGCGAAGCUGAGAAGAUGGAUCCUGCGGCAUGUGCAAGGCUAGGUCUUAGGCAUAAAGCUAUGCUGGAAAUUCGACGUCUUCGAAGACAACUAACUAAUAUAGUGAACACAUCUUUUAAAACAGCAGCUGAUGUUACGUUUGAUCCUAACCUUCCUCCACCUUCGGAUGCUCAGGCGCAAAUGUUGCGGCAAAUGAUGGUAGCUGGAUUAGCCGAUCGAAUUGCUAAACGUGUGGACAGAUCAGCUGGCGAUGAAGAUGUGCCGAAAGGAGCGUAUCAGACA